UGAGAGACGAAAGACGACGGAGCUGUCAAACACCAACAAUCGACUGAAAUAUUAUCCCGGGCGGUACAAAAACACGGUCAUUUGGUCAUUUGUGGAUACAAGGACAACAUAAGCAGCCUCUGAAUUGAUUGUGACGCUUGAGCCUUUGGGAAUUUGGACUUUUCAAUCGUCGCGACGAGAAACUUCUUGUUUUGUGUGUGUUUGCAGGAUCCAGGGGCUAAUGUCUGUUAGCUCUCUGCUCAGCUCCAGUUUUGUUGACAAACUAGCCCGUCCGCUAGUCACGAAGCUAGCCUCGCUCCCAGCUCUGCUGUUUUGGCGUUAAUUGGACGUUUUCUUCAAAUGGCACCUGGUAAAAGACACGAAAACGAGUUUGCACUGUUACUGCAAACACCUCUAUGAAAUAAAAACAGGUCUCCAGGGAUACACCAUACCUCUGUCAAACAUGUGAAAUCCUUAUCUGGGUGAAGUUCUCAGUUACAAGCAGUGAUGAUUUGGAUUACUUGGAAAAUUCUUGGGUUCAGAUUCAGAAACAGAAGUCUAUGUGUGUGAUAUAUUUUCUCCCACAACACAAACUGUGCAAAUACUGUUCUGCCGUGAAACCCUCGGCUCUGCUAAAACCAACCAGUCCACUUGUCAUGCGGGUACAUUACAGAAAAACACCCAUAAUACCCUCACUGGUAUCACCGUCAUUCACGUCACCAUGGAACGGAAUAAACGCAACUCCAUUGCUGGGUUUCCUACACGACCUGAACGCCUCAAUGAGGACAGAGAUGAUAUCGGAGGGGUAGGAGUGUGUGAGAUGGGAAUGGCUCUACCUUUGCAGGUGUCUUCCCCAUCAUCCUACCGAGCCCUCAUCAGUGCCUUCUCCUGUCUUACACGCCUUGAUGACUUCUCCCGCGAGUGGAUUGGCUCAGGAUUUUUCUCUGAUGUAUUCAGGGUACGUCAUCGAGCUUCAGACCAAGUUAUGGCUCUGAAGAUGAACAAGCUCAGCAGUAACAGGGCUAAUAUGUUGAGAGAAGUCCAGCUUAUGAACCGGCUUAAUCAUCCAAACAUACUCAGGUUUAAAGGAGUUUGUGUCCAUGAGGGCCAGCUUCAUGCUCUCACAGAGUACAUCAAUGGUGGGAACCUGGAGCAACUUCUGGACAGCAACAAACACCUGAGCUGGCCAACCAGGGUGAAAUUAGCCUGUGAUAUCGCCAGCGGUCUGGCCUACUUGCACUCUAAAGGCAUAUUCCACCGGGACCUCACCUCCAAGAACUGCCUGAUCAAGAGUGAUGACGGCAUGUACACAGCAGUGGUGGGAGACUUUGGCCUGGCAGAAAAGAUCCCUACCAAUCUCGCUGAAGGAGAGAAGCUUUCAGUGGUUGGGUCUCCUUUCUGGAUGGCUCCGGAGGUGCUGAGAGAUGAACCCUACAAUGAGAAGGCCGACGUGUUCUCCUAUGGAAUAAUCCUGUGUGAAAUCAUCGCAAGGAUUCAGGCCGACCCCGACUUCCUUCCCCGCACAGAGAACUUCGGCCUGGACUAUCACACGUUCCAGCACAUGGUUGGAGACUGUCCGGCUGACUUCCUCCAGCUGGCCUUUAACUGCUGCAAUAUGGAUCCUAAACUCCGUCCAUCCUUCUCAGACCUCGUCAGGCACCUCGAGGAGAUUUUUUCACGCCUUAAAGUUCAAGAUAUGGAGCACGAGUGUGUCCCGCUCACUGGGGACAAUGACAAGAAAACCAUAGCCAAAGGUGAGAAGAUCCAAGGCUUCAAGCGAGGGAAUCCUCUUGGUUUCCAGAACGAUAAAAUCCCUCCUAAAUCACCCCGCCCCAGACGGAACAUCUGGCUCAGCCGCAGCCAAUCGGACGUCUUCUCCUGCAAGCCAGGAAGAAAAGUCAAUGUCCAGGACCCUUACUAUAACCCCCCUACUGCCAAGAGAGCCUCCAAAGCCCGCAAGAUCAACCCUUUUACAGCCCGAGAAGAUCUGUGCGGUGGGAAGAUUAAGUUUUACGAUGUGCCCAGCAAGUCCGUCUUCUCCCUGGUGUUUGACCUCCACUCGCCACCUGGGAGUGUGUUCAGUAACCAACCGUGUGCUCUCGGGCCCGGAGGAGCCCAACAAGAGGCGUCUUAUUACUGGCAGCAGCUGCCGGGAAGACAGUGUCACUCCUUACCGGUAUCGCCCCAGCUUCCUCGCUCUGAGAUCUUCCACCUCGCCGCUGCUGUUAGCACCAACAACGGUUCUGUUAACUGUAACUCCAGUCAGCUGUCCACAACUCUUCCAGGUACUAACUCACGGUCUGAUGCAGGCCAAAUGGGAAAUGACAUCCGGCAAAAGGCGGUGCUGAGCAGCUGGGCGAAGAAAUAUGUCGUGGUUGAAAUCCCACCCUACUGCGGGCAGAGAAGAGGGGAGGACGACGGGGAGGUAGAGGGAAGUAAGGAGGACUCGUUAGGGGAGAGCUGGUCUCCGAUGAUCCCCAGCAGUGAGAGAGACAGUGGAGAGGCCAUGGACUGCUCGAGCAGCCCGGAGGACGAGCAGGAAUGGGAACGGGGGACAAACACAUGCCCAAUGUAAUGCACCCGCGCAAAACGCAUCAACACACUGAGGUGGUGGAAAAGAAAGCGGGGAGGACUCUGACUCCACAGAGGCAGCCGAAAAUGGCUUUUAAAAGUAGACUGGACACAUUUCAAAAUUUUUUGGAGAAUAAAAGAUAAAAGGAAAAAUCACUUGAUUGUGAUCUUUCAAGUGAAUGUAUCACCUAUUGACUCAAUCAAGCACACUUGAUUUGGAUAAAUAAUUAUUGUUCAAAGUUUCCACCCAGGUGUGAAAGUCAACAAUAGCACAAAAAGCUUUUUAUCAACACAACGGACCCUCUGCAUAGAGAUUAUUUUUCUGAAAAGGUUGUUUAUAUUUAAUAUUGUGAGAUGUAGAUUUUUUUCUUUUUCCUCUAGUCAGUGUUUUGUCUAUGAGGAGAGAUAUUGAAGAGCCAUUGUGUUGUGUUUAGGUUUUGAUACUUUUUGUGUUCAUUGAGAAACAAAUGCUUAUACUGAAUAAAAAAAAAAAAAAUCCGCAUCAGAUUUACAAGACCAUACGCUGAUAUUCAGAUGAGAACGUGCCUAAAAGCACUCAUGAGACAGAUGUUUAAUCUCUCCCCCAGGAGAAAAAGGGUGACAGAGUUUGUCACUGAUUUCUCUGUGAAAUUGGGAAAAGGGUGAUUCCUCACUGCUCAUUUCUCCCAAUUUAAAAAAAAACAACAACAACCUGGUGUCAGGCGACUGAAAUCUUUCAGGAACAUUUCUUGUUCUUUUGACAUUUUUUAGCCCGCUAACUUAAAAGUACAGAAAUCUGGUAGCCACUUGAAGCCAUUGUGGUCUUUUGAUGCGAUCAGAGGAGAGAUAAACUAGUCAAACUAAAGCCAGCCAGUCUAAGCAUUUUUUAUUUCUACCCUCUGUAGGAAAACAUAGAUAUUGUAAUAAAUGUCUUGUACAUUUCUGGACUUAAAAGUUGCUGUCAGGCCAGAUUUCCAAAACAGUCCCUUGUCCCUCCAAAAAAAGAAGCAAGCCAAAACACAGGUUAUUUACUUGGAUGUGUUCCAACUCAAGACAAGUUUAAAGCCACACGAUGCAACUUUUAAAGAGCAAAAUUUAAAUAAAAAGACAAAUGUCUGAGAUCAUACCACCACAAAGGCUGAAAAUCCUUCCACGCUAUGCACUGAAUUAUCCCUGGAUUCAGAAGGAUAUCUGGAUCUAGCUUCAUAUACAUCUCAAAAAUAUAUCACAACUCUGUCUCCCAGUUUUGAUCAUAUAAAGUUUUGAAGCAAAGUUUCCAGUUUUUCACCAUCUCUCGCUGGUGAUAAAUCCUUAAAAGAAUUCCUGCAUCUAGAUUUGUGUGUACUCCAAAAAUUAAUCACUCCUGAGUCUGCCAAGUCUCACCACUGAUUUAAAAAAAAAAAGAAGGGAAAAAAGAAGAUAAAAUAAUAAUAUUAAAUAAUCCGUCCAUAAUAUUUGAGUGCUUCUACUAGCAGACGAACCAUCCAGUGUGUGAUGGGUUUGAAGUAACAACCUGCUUCCCACUUUACUCUUUAAGUAUUACAGGAUGAAGCUACUGAAGCAUAAUUAAAUCCACUUUAAGGUUGAUAAUUGUAGCAAAUGUUGGUAAACUAUAUAAAAACCGGUCUUACGUCAGACUUAUAAAAAAACAGGAUUACUGUAAGUCAUACAAACAGUGUUAUCCAAAAGUCCUUACAGAUUUGUGCGUUGUCAGAAACUUUUCAUGGUGGUGUUGUUUUAACAUUGCUGAUACUGGAAUCACUUUACUUAAAGGACUCAGUUGAUGAUUGGGUUUAAAUAUGUUUUCCAGUUUAACGUCAUAACCUGGAGUUUCAAAGUCUUUCAUAGUGAUUUUUCUGCUCUAGUGGAGGGAAAACAUUUAGGCAACAGGAAGUGCCGCAAAUAAAUGCAGUUGUUAUUUGGUAAAACUGAAUAAUUACAGCGUACAGUACAGAUUUUUUUAAAGCUGCUAACAUUUGGUUUGGUUUGUUUAAUGAACUAUGAGACCCUGUGACUUGUUGUACUUUACACUCCACUGAAUGUCUGAUUUGAAUCAGUCGUCUUUAGUUUUUCCAUCUCCACUUUAAUGAGUAUUAAAAUCCUUGUAAAUGUCUAUCCAAACAGCUCUCAGUGUACAAACUAAAUGGCUCAUAAAGAUUAGAUUCAUAGUGUUGAACAUCAGCGCCGGUAUUUUUUCCCUCGUGUGGCUUUUGUUGCAUUCUGCUGAUCUCAGUCUGAUCCCUCCAAUAAGAACUAAAAUGCACAUGUAGAGUGAUAUAUACAGUCCUGUCCUAUCACUACUCCUCUAUGCAACUUUUAUCACAGUUUUACAGGAUAAAAGAUCUAAUUUCAUAUUUAUAUUGAAAAAAGUAAUGUCUUACCUUUGUAUAUUUGUGUAAAAUGUUUGUGGUACUUGCCUUGUCGAAUACAGAUUAAGAUGUUUUUUGUUUUUCUGAUUGAAUAACAAGUUUGCCUGAG